AUGCCGCUGUCCGAAGAACACCUGCUCCGACGGCACAGUCGGUUCCGCGUCAACGUGGACGACAACCUGCUGAAGAACUCCCUGCUGUACAUCUGCGGGUCCUGCCUUCUCCUCGUCAUCGUCUUCCUCGCCAUGCUACCUGGACCGCUGGUCAAUUACAUGCGUCGCGUAAGCUUCCUCCGUAGCGUCGUCAAGAUGGACAGGAGCCUCGGCAAGGUGGCCACCGAGGCCAACUUCACGGGACAAGUGGUCUUGUGCCACCUGAACCUGAGCGCCUUCUACAGGGCCGAUCCGUACCGGUACACGGUACUGGACGUGCCGGUCAAUGGCUGCAGUUACGUGGUGUACCCGUUGCAUGGACUGGACGACUGGUUUGAGGACAUGCUCAACUACGACGCCUAUCAGAGGGCCUCCCAUCCCGGACUCUUCGAGGACAUGCAAUACCUCAGGGAGCAGCACGGCUUGCCAGUGCUUGUGUACGUGGACGCCCUGCACGGAGACCACGGUCAGCACCACCUGGUGCAGUGGAUCGGAGGCGGCGAGACGGCGGCCAUGCAGUUCGCCCGGAACCUCAUCAAGUGGCUGCUGGGAAACCGGCUCAACGGACUCAUGCUCGAGGGCGUCUUCCCGGCACCCGCGAGGGACCGCUCGGUGGUCAUCAAGCUGCUCAAGAAGAUGUACACCCUCUUCAAGCAGGUGUGGAUAGUGUUUGCCGACACAGCGCAGCUGCUUCUCGUGAUCGUAGCCCCGGACUACGUCAUUCUUGAGCAUCCGUUGGCGUUCGGCAAGCGCCUGAGUCCUUACCUCCACUACCUGGUGGUCCGCAGCCACGACCACAGGUUCGGGAAGGCUGUCAACUCCCUGGACGCCCUGCAGAAGCGACUCCAGGACAGUCGGGACGUCCUUUCCGCCACCCUCAACGUGGCGAUGGCGGCAGGCAUGCCGUCUAAGCAGCUUCUGGCGUCCAUGACCCUCGACGGCAUCUCCUUCAGCGUCGAGGGCAAAGAGGCGCGGCCGGGCAAGCCGAGACCCGUGACCAACGAGUUUGGAGUCAUGGCCUACUUCGAGGUCUGCGUCCUGGUGCAGAACAGCUCGUGGACGAGGAUGCCGUCCAGGGGGUUCGGGAACCCUGUGGCCUACAGGGACAUGGAGGGCGUCGUGUACGAGGACCCCGAGAGUGCGCGGCACAAGGUCGACGUGGCCAAGAGCAGCUCCCUGGGAGGACUCGUGCUCUGGGAUGUGACCAGCGACGACUACAGGGGAGACUGUGGAGCGGUGAACCCCAUCACUACGACCGUGGUGAACACGCUGAGGGAUGGGGUCGGUCCUGGCGCGUCUUCGACGUCCUCUGCGUUUGUGUUUCUGCGACCCUCGUCGCCCGCGAACGACAGUUUACCUGCGCCGUAG